AUGACCCGUCUACUUCAGUGGGCCUUGUUGGCCGUCUCCUUCGUUUCCUCCGCUGUCUCCACCCCUCUCUCUACCGCUCCUCAUGUUAUUCCCCAACGCUCCUCAUUAACGCUCGCUCCUCUCGUUGCCGAGCCUCACCCCCAUGGCAGUGUCAACAAUUCAUACAUUGUCAUCCUGAAGAAGGACCUCUCUCCAGCGCUCAAGGAGAACCAUCUCAACUUCUUGCAGAAUGUGCAUGAUGCAGACCCACUGUUUGCCGAUAUCUCAGGUAUUCAGCAGGUCUAUGACGGUCAUAUCAGCGGAUAUGCUGGCCGCUUCACAGAGGGUGUUGUCGAGCAGCUCAGGACGAUGCCGGAGGUAGAUUACAUUGAGAAGGACCAGAUUGUUCGUACUAUGGAUAUACAGAAGUCUGCUCCAUGGGGGCUUGCACGUAUAAGCCACAGGCCCAGGCUUACUUUCAGCACUUUCACCAAGUAUGAGUAUGACGACCGUGGCGGCGAAGGCGUUGACGUCUACGUCGUUGACACUGGCAUCAACAUUGAUCACGUCGAGUUUGAAGGUCGUGCAACCUGGGGAAAGACUAUCCCACAGAAUGACGUCGACGAGGAUGGAAAUGGCCACGGAUCUCACUGUGCCGGCACCAUCGCUUCUCGCAAGUACGGCGUCGCCAAGAAGGCCAAUGUUAUUGCUGUCAAGGUUCUUGGCUCGAAUGGUAGCGGAACUAUGUCCGACGUUGUUGGUGGCGUCAGCUGGGCAGCGACCCAGGCCAAGAUCAACGCCGAGAAAGCUCUAGCUGAAUAUCAAGCCACUGGAAAGACGAAGCAUAAGGGGUCUGUAGCUAACAUGAGUCUUGGGGGUGGCAAGUCGCGCGCUCUUGAUGAAACUAUCAACGCUUCCGUCAACGGUGGACUUCACUUUGCUGUUGCGGCAGGUAACGACAACAGGGAUGCUUGCAACUACAGCCCUGCUGCUGCCGAGAAUGCUGUAACCGUUGGGGCUUCAACCCUUGGUGAUGAGCGCGCCUACUUUUCCAACCAUGGCUCUUGCGUUGAUGUUUUCGCACCUGGCCUGAACAUCCUCUCCACCUACAAGGGAGGCCGCACAGCCACCUCUACACUCUCUGGUACCUCUAUGGCAUCCCCCCACACCGCUGGUCUCCUCGCUUACCUUUUGUCCAUCUACCCUGAUGAGACCUUCGAUCCUACCUUUGACAGUGAAUUCAACGUGAUCUCCCUCCAGAGCGAGCGCAUUUUCCGUCACCCGUCUUCCCUGUACAGCGUUGCCCACGCCGCUCUGCCACAAUGGAUAUCUAACUUCCUUCCUCCACCUUCCUUAGUGAACGCCGUCGUUGCUCCCAUCCCUAAGAAGCCUGAGACGCUCACGCCACUUCAGCUGAAGAAAGCGCUGCUCAAGCUUUCGAGCUCAGGCCUCCUCACGGAUCUUCCAGAUCGGACCGUGAAUUUGUUGAUCUUCAACAAUGCAACAACAGCCUACUGAGGGGCGUAUUAUAUUUAUCUAUCCAAUUAUCCGUGGAUGGAUAGGUGGUCCGAGUAUUCGCGAUGGAUGCAUUCGGCGUAUCCUUGUCUGUAGUGGUCACAUUUCCGGUUCACGCUCUCUUCUUGCUCUCGGUUUGUUUCCUAUUUGUCCAUUUGUAAUAUAGCGCUAGCAAUCUAUAUAGUAUUCUGCAUACAC